UUCGUCAUCUCAAAUGCGACGUUAAUUAUAGCUCUCGUUCGCUCCCCAUCCACCGCCUCGGACGCAUGGCUACACAAGAGGGACCGUCUAUAGUCCACUUGGGCCUUUCCAUCGACAGGUCGUCGACGCCCCCCGAGAAUGCAAUGCCUCACAUCCAGCAUGCGCGAAAAGCCGACAUUCAGAUGGUCCCCGAGUCAGCGAUGCUCUUGUCGCGAGUGUUGGAGCGCGAAGUCCGCAAACACACCGUGCUCAAGCAAUUUCGACCUUCCACGAUCAUUCGGAAACCACUUCGGGAGAUCCCAGCGGUGUCGACUGCCAAGCUAUUGCGAACAGGCACGUACAAUAAGGUGUUUCGAGGACUCCAACUUUCAAAACACCGCUCUGCCGUCUCUGGCCGUGAAGCUGAAGGACCGUCGGUGCCCAUCGACGCGCGUCCAUCCGUGCGCACGCGCUUGUGGCUUCUUUUCAACGAGCCACAUUCGUCGUCCAUGGCGCACGGUGUCUCUGUCUUGCUAUUCGCGGCCGUGUUUGUGUCGACGAUUGUCUAUGUCUUAUCGACGGUUCCCGAAUUCGACGACUCUACCAAGACCGCGUUGUCCGUCGUGGAGGGGGCAUGCAUGUACAUGUUUUCGGCCGACUUUUUGAUUCGUCUAACCUGCAGUCCCAAUGUGAAAGCGUUCGGAUGCGACAUAUUCAACUGGAUCGACUUGGUGUCGAUCAUCCCGUUCUACUUGGAAAUGUUUCUCGAAGUGAAAGGGUCGUCCAUCGGGGCCAUCCGCAUCAUGCGCCUCAUCCGGGUUGCGCGAAUCCUCAAGUUGUCGCGUUACACGUCGUCGAUUCAGAUAUUUAUCAAGGCGCUUAUCCUCAGCGCCAAGCCACUGUUCAUGCUCCUCUUUCUCAUCAUCGUGGCCAUGAUUGUGUUUUCAAGCGCCAUGUACUUUGCCGAGUUGACUGACUCUGCCAAGUUCUGUCGCGACCCGCUCCUGUCGAAAGCAUGCCACCCCACGCAAAAUCCACCGGACAACUGCUGCGAAUUGAACCCAUUCUACAGCAUCGCCGCAACGUUCUGGUGGUGCAUCGUGUCGAUGACCACAGUUGGUUAUGGCGACGACUUUCCUGUGACGCCUACGGGAAAGCUCAUUGCGACGUUGACGAUGAUGUCGGGAAUGCUCAUUUUGGCCCUUCCGAUCAGCGUCAUUGGGUCCAACUUCCAGCAUGUGAUGAAAGAAGAAGUCCAACACGCGAUGCUGAAGAGCUUGGAUACGUUGUCGACCAUGGAAGUCGUGCAAAAGAAAGAAAUGAUAGAGCUCUUGAAAGGCUUCAACAUCCUCGGCGAGAGCAUCGACAUCGACCCGGACGAACUCAUUGCGCUCUACGAUGUCCACAAGACAGGUCGACUGGAAGCCGAUGCGCUGGCCCAAUUCCGAAGAGAUUUGGAAGCGCUUCAAAAAUACAACUUGACCAUUGCAUCGCCGCCCAUGACGUACCAAAAAGAGGAGCAGCAAAAGCAGCAAUGGCCAUGUGCUUCGUCUAUUGCGGACCUGCGACGUGGACACCACGACCCGUUGACAAAGCAGGUGGCAACGAUGGAAGAGAUCCUGGAGGUCCGACUGCUCGAAACCGAAGUGCGGUUUGAAAACAAGUUGAACGCGCUGAUGAAGAUCGUGGCCCAGAUGGAAAAGAAAAUCGCCAUCUUACGAGACUAACGAAAUGCUGUUGGUACAUCGAACCAAUUCAACAAUACAAAAUACAACGCCAUCAACGA